AGAGCGCAGCGGUUUAAACUUGUAAAAAAGCUCAAAAUUUUGGAGAAAUGGAUUCCAGCAGGGCAGAACCAACCAAAGUCUGCCACGUCGUGGCCAUGGCGUCUCCCGGUCGAGGCCACAUCAAUCCGAUGAUGAACCUCUGCAAGUUACUGGUUUCCAAAAGCAAAAACAUCCUGGUCACCUUCGUUGUCACCGAGGAGUGGCUUGGCUUCAUCGGCUCCGAAGCCAAGCCCGACAGCAUACGCUUCAGCUCCAUUCCUAAUGUUGUCCCUUCGGAACGUGUCCGAGGCGCCGACAUUUCGGGGUUCGCGGAAGCCGUGAUGACUCAAUUGGAAGCUCCGUUCGAGAGGCUUCUGGAUCGGCUUGAGCCAUCGCCAAGUGUUAUUCUGGCUGAUAUUUUUCUGCGGUGGGUGGUUGGCGUGGGGAACCUGAGGAAUAUUAAAGUGUCGUUGUUUUGCCCGACGUCUGCAUCCAUGUUCUCCAUUUAUCAACAUUUCCAUCUUUUCGAACAGAACGGUGAUUUCCCGGUUAACUUGUUAGAGAAAGGGAUGGAACGCGUGGACUACAUUCCAGGAGUUUCUUCAACACGAUUUGUUGACUUUCCUCCCCAUGUAGCAGGGGCAAGUCCACGAACACUACACCGUAUCCUUGAGGCUUUCACUUGGUUGGUUCAGGCACAUUGUCUCAUAUUCACAUCCAUCUACGAGCUUGAACCCCACACCAUUGAUGUUCUGAGAGCAGAAUUCUCAAUUCCAUUAUACACUGUUGGCCCUGCAAUACCUUUCUUCCAAGUAGGAGAGAAGCUAUCUCCUAGUAUCGAUGGCAAACUCAACUACUUAGAGUGGCUAGAUUGCCAGCCACCAAACUCUGUUCUGUACAUCUCAUUGGGAAGCUUUAUGCCUGUUUGUAGUGCCCAAAUGGAUGAAAUAGCUGCUGGUUUGAAGAAGACUGGGGUUAGGUUCAUAUGGGUGGCUCGUGGCGAAACAGAGAGGUUGAAAGAAGAAUGUGGGGAUAAGGGACUGGUAGUGCCCUGGUGUGAGCAAUUGAGAGUUCUGUGCCAUGAUUCUGUUGGGGGGUUUUUGAGCCAUUGUGGUUGGAAUUCUGUACAAGAAGGGAUUUUCGGUGGAGUUCCUUUUCUUACUUUCCCUUUAGCCUUUGAUCAAGGACACAAUAGUAAGGUAGUGGUGGAGGAUUGGAAAGUUGGGUGGAGGGUGAACAAGAAUAAUAAUAAUGUUGGUGCUGGGGAGGAUAAUUUGGUAAUAAAAAGAGAGGAAAUUGCAGAUUUAGUGAAGAGGUUUAUGGAUUUGGAAAGUGAUGAAGGGAAAGAAAUGAGAAGAAAAGUGAGACAGCUUCAGAAGAUAAGUCAUGGUGCUAUUGCAGAAGGUGGAUCAUCUGAAACGAAUAUCAAUGCCUUCAUCAGAGACAUUGCUAAUAUCAAGUAAAAUUUCAAUUAUAUAUAUAUAUAUAUAUAUAUAUAUAGUUUUGCUAUGAAACACAUGUAUUUCUAUGCUAUCGAGGGCAAUGCCUAGUUACAUUACAUGUAACGUAGUUAUAUUACA